ACAAACCAAAGUCGCCCUCAAAUCCCACAAGCCCACCAUCUCUCGCGGCCUCCCAUGGCCACCACUUUCCCACCAUAAGCAAAACCACAGAACCUCUCCUCCCCUCCACUCUCUCCCUCCCUCCUGCGCGUCAUGGUUCCCUCUUCUCCCCACUUCUCCCUCGCAAGAUACACUAGAGGAGGAGUUGGAGGAGGAGGAGAAGCUAUUGCUGCUGCUUUCCGGCUUCACAACCCUCUUCCCCACCUCCUAACUCACUCUUCUCCUCUCCUUUCCUAUAAGAACACCUUUCCUUUUCCUCCGCUCAAGAGACCGCACCCUCCAAACCCUCUCUUCCAUCGCCUUCACCCUCCUGCAGCCACUCUUUCCUCCUUCGCCAGCGCCGAUGAUGAACCGAAGGCUGACGCCGAUACCAAAACAGAGGAGACGUCGCAACCCGGGGAGGUGGAGCUUUCCGAGAUGGCCAAGGCCUUCCACAUCUCGUCCAGGACGGCCUCGGCCAUUUGCAUCCUUAUCGCCUUCGCCGCGCUUUCUCUUCCCCUCACCAUGCGGUCCCUGGCGCAAGGGGCCAGCCUGAAGACGAAGGUGCUGUCGUACCUAACGCUCCUUUCGGGGUUCUACAUGGCUUGGAACAUUGGAGCCAAUGAUGUCGCCAAUGCCAUGGGGACGUCGGUGGGAUCGGGGGCGCUCACCCUGCGGCAGGCUGUGCUGACCGCCGCCGUGCUCGAGUUCUCGGGGGCGUUCCUCAUGGGGACCCAUGUGACCAGUACGAUGCAGAAGGGAAUUCUUGUCGCUUCGGUGUUCCAGGGGAAGGAUUCCAUGCUCUUUGCCGGGUUGCUCUCUUCACUUGCGGCAGCUGGUACCUGGUUGCAGGUAGCUUCUUUUUAUGGCUGGCCUGUUUCCACUACACAUUGUAUAGUAGGAGCCAUGGUUGGCUUUGGACUAGUCUAUGGGGGAAUUGGGGCAGUUUUCUGGAGUUCAUUGGCAAGGGUAACUUCAUCUUGGGUCAUCUCUCCAAUCAUGGGAGCAGCAGUCUCAUUUGUUGUCUACAAAUGCAUACGUAGGUUUGUGUACAGUGCUCCAAACCCAGGGCAGGCUGCAGCUGCUGCUGCACCAAUUGCUGUAUUUCUGGGUGUUACAGGAAUCUCCUUUGCUGCUUUUCCCCUUAGCAAGGUCUUUCCGAUUGCACUAGCUCAGGCUUUAACCUGUGGGAUUGCGGGUGCACUUAUUGUUACCAGAAUCAUACGAAAACAGCUCGGCCACCUGCUCAAUUCUGAAGCAGAGAAACCAGCACCAGUUGACAAGCCACAUCCUCGAAAUAUUGGAUUUCUGUCUGACUUUGCGGGCCCUACAGGAGCUCAGUUGGAGAUUGUAUAUGGUGUCUUUGGUUACAUGCAGGUCUUGUCAGCUUGCUUCAUGUCAUUUGCCCAUGGAGGCAAUGAUGUCUCUAAUGCCAUUGGGCCGUUGGCAGCUGCAAUAUCUAUUCUCCAUGGCAAUGCAAGUGGCACUGAAAUAGUCAUUCCCACUGAUGUUCUUGCUUGGGGUGGAUUUGGAAUUGUUGCAGGGCUUACAAUGUGGGGAUAUAGAGUCAUAGCAACCAUUGGGAAGAAAAUAACUGAGCUUACCCCAACUAGAGGAUUUGCUGCUGAAUUUGCAGCAGCCUCCGUGGUUCUCGUGGCGUCGAAGCUUGGCCUACCCAUUUCUGCAACCCAUACUCUUGUUGGUGCAGUAAUGGGUGUAGGCUUUGCGCGGGGACUCAAUAAUGUAAGAGCAGAGACUGUGCGUGAAAUUGUUGCUUCUUGGGUGGUCACUAUUCCAGUUGGUGCAGUUUUAUCUGUUUUCUACGCAUUGAUCUUAACCAAGCUAUUGGCUAAUGUAAUAUGAAAUCAAAGACAUUGUGAAUUCUUUAUGUUUAAUUUGAUCGAUAAAGAAAGAAAUGAUCAUUUCUUCUCA